GUGAUGUCGGACACAUUGGGGUUUGCGGUGGCGGAGAGCCAACGUCUGGGUCUGCCAUGCUUUUUCGGCGACCCCACCCGGGAGCGCUUUCAGGAUGAGGAGGCUGCACUUUGCGCUUCUGAGCUUCCCUGCCACUGGAUGCGCUGCACCGCCGAUGGGAGGCCCCUGCCCAACCUUCUGCAGGGCGUCAAGUUCCAUCCUUCCAGCAUCGUGAAGGGCCCAGUGCCCCAGGGGGAGAUCCUGCCCCGCGGUAGCGGCCGGGGGCGCUUCGGCCUGGAGCUGCUGCAGAAGCUGGUCCACAGCGCGAAGAAGGCGAAG